ACCCUGACAGCCCCCCCGUUGCGAUUUGCCCCCCUUAAUCCUUUUAAACCCCUCCAAAGAGGAGGCAGCAAAUCGUAAGUAGAAGUAAGGGCAGAGAGAGGGCAAUGGCAGCAGCAGGGGGAGGCUUCGGUGGCAGCAAGAAACUGGUGGAAAUCUUCUAUGACGUGGUGUCUCCGUAUUCCUGGCUUGGAUUCGAGGUGCUUUGCCGGUACCGGCAACACUGGAGCAUUGAGUUACGUUUUCGUCCUGCUUUCCUUGGAGGCAUAAUGAAGGAGACUGGUAACCAGCCCCCAGCGAUGGUGCCAAAACGUGGGGAAUACAUGAUGAAGGAUAUAAAGAGGAUGGCAAAAUAUUACCAGGUCCCAAUGCAGAUCCCCAAGGAUUUCCUUGGGAGUAUUAUCAGAAAAGGCAGCCUUUCUGCCAUGCGCUUUAUCACAGCCGUGGAUAUGAUACAGCCACAGUUCCUGGAGCCUGUGUCCAGAGAGCUCUGGAUGCGCAUCUGGUUCCGGGAUGAAGAUAUCACCCAACCAGAGAGUAUAUUGGUAGCUGCUGAGGAGGCUGGGCUACCCUCAGCGCUGGCCCAGAAGCUACUGGCAAUGACCUUGACCCCUGAGGUGAAGAAUCGUCUGAAGGAGACAACAGAGGAGGCACUGAAAUAUGGGGCAUUUGGAAUGCCAGCAGUUGUGGCCCAUGUUAAUGGUGAAGCUCACCUCUUCUUUGGCUCUGAUCGUUUAGAGCUACUGGGCAAUGUUAUAGGAGAGAAAUGGCUGGGACCAGUUCCUGCAGCUUCAAAACCCAGGAUGUGAGAAAUUCAGCUGCAAUAUGAAACAAGAAGAAAAUAAGUCACUAAAAUUUGAAUGAAGCAGUAACGUCCAUGCCUGAGAAGUGGCAUCUAGGGUCCCAGAGGGGCUGCGAGGAGAGCAGUGAUGUUCCCCUGGAAUCCUCUGUCAGGAUUCCAGUUCUACUCCAGUCCCCGUGAUAGACUGAGACUGAUUUUUCACUUUUUUCACAAUACAGAUAGAUUUUUUCCAGGCAGGAUGGGGACGUGGUGACACUUUGGUGAGUGAAAUGUUAAUACAGGGUCAUGGGCAAUGGCAGAGCUCUAGCUGGCUGAUAAGGGUGAUUGAAAUCUUGUCUCACUUGUGGUCUGCAGUCUGGAAGCGCGCUGCUGAGAAUGACUGAAUUUGUUUCACCCUGUGAAGUGUAAAUGCUUGUCAGGUUUUUUGUCUCAAUCUACCCAAAGUGGGCAGUAUUUGGUGAUCAGUGGGAACUGCUAAGGGAACUACAGCUGUAAGUUUUUUAUAUAUGCAAAAACUCCUGACCUGGCUACAGGAAAUUGUUUUCAGGCUGAGAGCUCAGAGCAGGGUCUGAGUCCUGUCUGUGUCAGUGCCUUGCAGCUCAGCCCAUAUUGCCAGUCCCCUCAUUAUCCCUGCAUUGCCCUGCACUUUGAAUGCCUCUUUGGUUGUCGUAUAAUGUAAUUCUCUCUCUCAUAUUAUCUGAAUCCUGCACUUGGAAUAAAUUUCAUCUGACUG